GCACCGUUUAAGCCUGCGGCACAGUGUGAGCCCCGCUUCACUGUGAAGAUGAAGGCAGAUACCGGGUGGGACUCGGGGAAAUCAAAGAUGCCAAGAGGGAGAAUGGGAGCAGUAGCCGCACGCCGAUAACGCUGCUCGGGCAGGCUGUGUACACAGAGCGAGGAGGAAAACAGAUCUUGUUUUCAAGGGCUCUGCCUUGCUCAAGGCACGUGCCUCCCCCAGCAAAAAGCCGUUUCCAAUCUGCUUACACCGUAGUGAUGCUAUAAACCUCCCACUGUCGUUACACAGAGAAGGACAGGACUGGCAGAGAAUAAGAAGUGCCUUUCAAAAGAAGUUAAUGAAGCCCACAGAAAUCGUGAAACUGGAUACCACUGUCAAUGAGGUCCUGAUGGAUUUCAUGCAUAGAAUAGAUGAGCUUUGCAACCACAAUGGUGAAAUUGAAGACAUAUAUUCAGAGUUCAACAAAUGGUCAUUUGAAAGUACCUGCUUGGUGUUGUAUGGGAAGAGGUUUGGACUCCUGCAACAGGAGGUGGGAGAAGAAAGCCUAAACUUCAUCAAGGCUGUAAAAACGAUGAUGGGUACAUUUGGGAUGAUGAUGGUGACUCCUGUUGCACUUCACAAAAAUCUGAACACAAAAAUCUGGCAAGCUCAUACCAAAGCAUGGGACAGUAUCUUUAAAACAGCCAAGUGUUCAAUUGACAACAGAUUAGAGAAAUAUUCUGCCAACCCCAGUGAAGAUUUCCUGUGUGACAUUUAUUUUGGGAGUGAACUCUCCAAGAAGGAACUGUAUGCUUCUAUCACAGAGUUCCAGAUUGCAGGCGUUGAAACGACUGCCAAUAGUCUACUGUGGGCUCUGUAUAACAUUUCACGCUAUCCACACGUCCAACAUAAGCUUUUCCAGGAAAUACAGAGUGCAGUGUCUGCUAACGAGAGUCCAAAUGCAGAGGACCUGAAGAAAAUGCCUUACCUAAAAGCAUGUCUGAAAGAAUCUAUGAGGAUAACACCAUCUGUGCCAUUUACCACUCGUACACUUGACAAAGAAAUAGUGCUUGGGGACUAUGUGCUACCUGAAGGGACAGUGUUGAUGCUAAACAGCCAUGCCUUGGGAUCCAAUGAAGAGUACUUCAGUGACUGGACUACAUUUAAACCAGAGCGUUGGCUUGAGAAGAAUAUAAUAAAUCCUUUUGCUCAUAUUCCUUUUGGUAUUGGGAAGAGGAUGUGCAUUGGGCGUCGCUUGGCUGAACUGCAACUUCAUUUAGCCCUUUGCUGGCUUGUUCGCAAAUAUCAGAUUGUGGCAACUGACAAUAAGCCAGUCGAAGCUCUGCAUUCAGGAAUAUUGAUCCCCAGCCGAAAGCUUCCCAUUGCAUUUCAAAGACGAUGAGAUCUUCUGUGGACUGAGGACUAUGCUAUUACUGCCUUUUUCUGAUGACAACACAUGUGAAUCUGGAAUGCCAAAGCCAGCAGGCAUGAGCCGUGGGGGAAAUUGCCAUGGACAUGCCUUCAGGAAAGCACUGAGAAGGCCAGAAAUACUGUGAAGAAAAGCUCACCUAGUCUUUACACUGCAUGCAAAUGUGUCAGAGUUAGCAGGUUUUUCGAAAUGCAUUUCACAGUCCUAAAAUGAAAGAACAAAAGUAUUGUGCACAUUUUGCAUCUGUGGGCUCACAGGACAACAAAGUUCAGGGAAUUUUCUGGUUUGAGCGUUUUAGUGUGGGCUGUGGAACUCAGCAUUGGGUGCUAGUCAGUACUGAGUGAAGAGUGUUACCUGAAAAUCUGGAAGCUGGAAGUUGUUCAGGGUUUGAGAAAGGAAUUAGUCUCAAUUCUAUGUGUGUCACAAAGGAUAUCUCCUUGGGAAAAAAGGCAUGAGUGAUGGACCUGCUAGUUUGGGGGUGAGGUGGGACAGGGUAAAGAAAUCUUGCCUUGUUCUUUUCCAGUCUGCCCCUGUUUUGUGGAUUUAGUUGAGGAUUUCCAUCUGCAGGUGACCUUUUAACAAAAGCACUAAAGAGGAAAGUAACAGAAAUACAUUGCCCCCUUAAGAGAUUCUACUCUUUAUACAAGGAAAAUAAGAUCAAAGCCUUUUACAUGGACUUGUUAAUUUAUUUGAACCCUGCCUCACUGUGAUGCCUAUGUAACCCACACUCCUAGUGUGGUUACUGAGCAAUGCAAGUGGUAUCUAGUCCACAGCAACAGUUAAGAUCAAAAGGCCUCUACAGCAUGGGCAGGGAGCCAGCUGGCUUUUAGCUCAGAAGGUAGAGGCUCCUAUACUUGGUUUUAGAGCUCCCAAGUUCAAAUCCACCUGGUGAUGGUUACAUGUACCUGAGGGAUUCUCAAACUUCAUUGUACUGCAACCCCAUUCUGAUAACAAAAAAUGCUAUAUGACCCCUAGAAGCAGGGAUCAAAGCGCAAGCCCCACUACCUGGAUGGGGGUGAGGGAAGACUGUAACCUGAUAUCCCUGCCCUGGAGCUUUGGCUUUGGGCCUGGUGAUGAGGCUCCAGCUUUUGUUUCAGCCCCAGGCCUCCACAAGUCUAAUAGCAGCCCUAGCAACCCCAUUAACAUAGGGUUCUGACCUUCACAAUACUUGAAAAUGGCUAGGCAGCUAAUGUGCAGUGACUGCUGUUUAUUACACUAAUCAUAAUUGUCUCUCUGCUUAUGGUCCUGUUCUCUCACCUGCCCUAAUCCUCCCAAUCUGUGUCUCGUUACAUCCUUUGAUUAUAGCUCUCUCAGCCCAUGGCUGUCUUUUUGUUGUAGGUGUAAACGGUACAAAGCACAAAGAGGCCACUUAACUAGGGCCUUGAGGAGUUACUGCAAUACAAAUUAAGAAGUUAACAGGGGCUGCAUUUUGCCAGAUGAGCAAUAUAAGAUCUGAAAAAUACAGGUACUUUAAAGUACCACCAACAAUAAAUAUUUCAAAGGGUGUUGUUUAUGGGGAGGAUCAUGGUUUGUGAAACUACACAUGGAUUUCAGUACCUGUGUCUGUAUCAAUGGGCCUGAAGUGGUAAUUGCCCUCUGUCUGAUGCAAUACAGUAUACCUAAAAUGGCUCAAUAGCAUACUUCCCCUUACAUAGUUAGGUGUAGCUCCUUUCUAAUACAGCGUUUGUAUAUUAUGUACAUUGCUUUUUUUUAAAAAAGAAGUUAUUUUUUAAUUUGUAUGCUUUAAGAUGAUGUAAAGUCUUAAUAACUGUCUGCCUCUUAGAAAGGUUUGUUUCUCUUUCUUUAGGAGAUGGUUAUAUUCAUAUUUCAAAUAACUAUUAUUGUGUAUAAAGAAAAUUGUGAACAUCCUGCUUUUCCUGUGCAAUUUUGUAAUAAAACAGUUUAAUUUUGGGGGAAAAAACAAGUCUUCCAUUCUUACUAAAUAUAAU